AUGUCUGCUGCAGGUGUUCUGGUCGUCCCUGGCCAUCACGGGAACCAGGACCUCGACUUCUUGCAGCAAGAGGCUUUGCGCAUAGACUACCCUGUUCUCAUCAAACCCGUCCCAAGAGUACGCAUCGUACAUGCACAAGGCGAGUUCCCACAAGGCGCUUUCUUCUGCUCAACGCAAGGCGACGAAGUCGUUCGGCAACGCAGAGUGUUGGGCAGCCCCACGUUCGGCUCGAACACCCUGAUCACCGAACUUGAUGUCAUCCAGCGGCAACUAGAGGUGGCAGCUGGAGAUACGCUUCUUCUCGACGAGUCCUCAAUACCACUCGUCAGGCGUGCUUUCGAAUCGCGCCUAUACGCCGAGAACCCACGCAACUUCCUCCCCGACUCUGGCCAACUCGCCCACCUAUCCACACCCACGCCUACUCACAUCUUCACGGCUCCGCCGGGUGUACAACGCAUACCUCUGGGAGAAAGUAGCUCUCCCUUCAUGCUCGUCGCGAACACAUCUGCUGUCAUCGCGCCAUCACUUCGUGUCGAGCAAGGAUUCGAGCAAGGCACACAAAUUGGCUUCUUCCAAUCGUCGACGAACAUCAAGUUCUUGAGGGCCCUCGGGGGAAACCAGGCGAUUACAGAUCGAGACGUCGAGACAGGAUUCAUUCCGAAACACUUCCACGAGCUCUUCCCACCCACACCUGAACCUCCCGAUGAAGCUCUCGCACAAGCCAUGUCGUCCUGCGCGACGAGCCAAUUCCUGCUUCCUCCAACCCUGAGACGACACUCACUUCUCGUGCUUCAACGCGACGUUUACAAGAACCAUCACCCUCCAACACACAUCCCUCUCCCACCUUCUCCGUCACUCGCGCUCACCGUGGCGGCCUCCCUCCCGGAGAGUUUCUCGCCCACCUUCGCUGCCGUAUCCGCCGUGCUUGAGUCCCCCCUCACCUUCGCCGGCGCACGUGCCCGCACGACCAUGGUCCCACCGCCCGCCCGCCGCCUCGCCCUCGCGCGCGUCCCGCUCGUCCAUGCAAGCACCACCUAG